UAUCCGCCGCCUCAGCAUUGGGUGGCAGAGGGUCCCAAGGCGUACUUCAAAUGGAAGACGUGGUGUAGCAGUCAUAAGCUGCACGACAAGCGCGAGGGGCAUUGGCCAGUCCACCGCUUAUGCAAGGACAAGCUCGCCUAUGUUGCAGAGGCCGACGAGAGUGUUCUAUUCUAUGACCCGGAUGGAAACCUUGUCGGCUUCGUGAUACGCGACUUCUGCGCCAACCAGAAGAUUGUCGACACCAUUGCGGAGGAUGUGGCCAUGGGUUGUUCUUAUAAAAAGAACGUCAGGGUGUUAUUUUUGCAGAAGGACGAUGUUGGACACAUAGCCCAUAGCGGCUUCACAUCGGGCAACCGCAAGGAUCCGCAGGGUUUUGGCUGGGCUCGCAAUCUGUGCCGUGCUGCACAACGCAAUGACCCUGCUUUCAUCGAAUCGCUCGAGCACCGCGAGAGCUCGCUAGCAGCGUUCUUCUGGAACAUUGCCUGUGGUUCGCUCCCAGAUGAGGUUAUCAAUGCCUACACAGGCCGCCUCCAGGAGGAAGCCUUACCACGCAUGGCCCCAGGCGCCGACGACUUCGCACCAGAUGGCGAGUAUACCAUCCGGAUUCCAUCUGACAACCCGCUUGUCCCCUCCGAGCUGCGUUUCGCUGCUGCUGCCCGUGCACCGCCAUCUGCUUUGUAUUCACAUAACUAUGCAAGGCGUAUCCACAAGGAAGUCUGCCGCCACCACUGGAUGUUUAGCUGGACGCUCGCACGGCCUAGAGGUCCCAGCGAAGAUGGAAACUUCAUGAUUCCAGGUUAUCGCAUCAAGAUCGCCUCCUCUGCAAAUUCCUGUGUUGGCUGGUUUGCAGACCAGUGGCAUGGAACAACACUACGCCACGUUGGUCCAGACGACAUCGACAAGGUUACCCUCGAAGUCGGCCUGGCCUUCCAGAUUAGCCCGACCUUGGCCACCCGCUGGAAAGCGUUCUGUGCAGCAAAUUACGACGCUGACGUUCUGGAGGAAAUCCUUGGACAGCUGCGGGGAGAGCCAGCAGAGACACUGGAUGAGGAUGGCGAGGAGUGGGCAGAAGAUGAGGGCGAGGAGUGGACGGAGGAUGAGGGCGAGGAGUGA